CGUAAUGAUACAUGCAUGACUCUUUCCUAAUUUUGGAUUUGUUUACUUUAUUCCUGUACGACUAAAAAUUGUAUGUUCUAAAUUUGUGCAAAGAUCGCUGAAUAAACUGGUGUGCUUUUUGAAGUCUUCACAGUCAAUUGUUGUAACAGGAGUAUAAGUCUUGUAACACGUUAAUCAUAAAUAAAAAUCCAGAAUGAAUGAUGAAGACGUAGCCACUGUGGUAAUGUGUAAUGGAUCAGGAUUAUGCAAGGUUGGAUUUGCUGGUGAGGAUGCUCCCAGAACUGUAUUUCCAUCAAUUGUUGGAAGAACCAUACAGGGCGCUUUUCUAGGUGAAGGAGCGAAUGACUGCUAUGUUGGGAAUGACGCCCAACAGACAAGAGGAGUUUGUACACUGAAUUACCCAAUUGAACGAGGAGUUGUUACAAACUGGGAAGAUAUGGAGAAAAUCUGGCAUCAUGCUUUCUACAAUGAACUUUGUGUUGCGCCAGAAGACCAUCCCGUAUUAUUGACAGAGGCUCCCCUCAUCCCUAAAUCCAACAGAGAAGAGAUGACAAAGAUUAUAUUCGAAACCUUUAAUUCUCCAGCUAUGUACGUUGCUACCCAGGCGGUAACGUCUUUAUACGCUUCUGGUCGUACAACUGGCAUUGUGUUGCACUCUGGUGAUGGUGUAACCAAUACUGUACCCGUCUCCGAAGGUUAUUCCAUUAAGCAUGCUAUUUUGGGGUUGGAUCUCGCCGGAACCGACCUUACAGACUAUCUGAAGAGACUUCUGGCAGAACGAGGAUAUUCAUUCACAAGCACAGCCGAAAGAGAAAUCGUAAGAGACAUAAAAGAAAAUAUGUGCUAUGUAGCAUUUGACUUUGAACAAGAAAUGCAAACAGCUGCUUCGUCGUCAACAUUAGAGAAAAGCUACGAAUUACCUGACGGACAGGUUAUCAAAAUCGGCAAUGAAAGAUUCAGAUGUCCAGAGGCAAUCUUUCAUCAACCAUCUUUCAUGGCCAAGACAUCCUCAGGCAUUCAUGAAGCAUUUUACAACAGCAUCAUGAAAUGUGACGUCGAUAUUCAACAUGACUUGUAUGAUAAUACCGUUCUUUCUGGUGGUUCAACUUUGUAUCCUGGUUUUGUCGACCGUAUGAAGAAAGAAAUCACACAACUUGCUCCACCAGCAAUGAAAAUCAAUGUUAUUGCUCCACCAGACAGAAAAUAUUCUGCUUGGAUCGGUGGAGCCAUCUUAGCCUCAUUAUCCAGCUUCCAACAAAUGUUGAUUAAAAAACAGGAAUACGACGAAACCGGUCCAUCAAUCGUUCAAAGAAAGUGCUUUUAAACUGCAAAACUUCUUGGUAAAACUGCAAUCAAUUGCUAUAAUAUAUACAUGAUAUAUGUUAGCUGAUAUAUACUUUUAUAUUAUUUCUGUAUUCAAACAAUUUUCGUAGAUUUUGUAAUUUUUUUUGGUGUGUCGUAUAAUAUAUGUAUUAUUGUUUGAGUGUUAAGAAUCUAAUUAGAGAACCAGGCGAAACAUAUAUAAUGAUAAAUCAAACACAUUAUGGAAACCAACCAUUUUGAAUUGUUGUGCAAAACAAUACUACGAUUCCAAUGAAUCAGAUUCAACUUAUCGUUAGAUUAAAUUUACUGAAAAGGAACGUUACAAUUAUAUCUGCCAACACUGAAUUGAUGACUAUAUGACUUGUGAUACCCUAUGUUUUGUUUGACUGCAUUUUACAAAUGCUGCUAUUAACAGUGAUCAAUAAUUUCUCUUUAUCAAAAUAUGUGUUGAAAGUUAUAUACCUGCACGCAAACAAAAGGGUUACAUAGAAUCAUUGGUAGAAAUUAAAGAUUGUCAGGACAGAACAAAAUUGACAGCAAAAACUAUCAUUGUAGCCAAAUGUAUCUACCCAAAUAUACGAAUUGUAAUAUAUAUUAUGUAUUUUUAAAAAAAUGUAUCAAUGGUCAUUAUUUGGAAAUUAUAAUUAUAUUGUACACAUCUGCCGUCUUUAUAAUUUUGUGUCUUACAUAACGGGUUUUUAUUCACGAAUUUAUUUAUCCUUGUAUGAUAGCUAUAUUAUCAGUGCGAUUUUGAUGUAAACCGCCUUUGUUUUCUCGUGUUAUCAUUUCAACUUCGAGUGCGAGAGGUUUUGAGUUCAUUACACAAUCGGUUCAAACCAAAGAAUUGAACAUUUUCAUUUACUGUUUCUCCAUAAACCUCUAUGGAAGGAAAUAGCCGCAAUAAUUUUACAUUUCUUAAUUUCUUAAUUUAUAACAUGAAAUUUCUUAAUUUGUAACAUGUAUUUUUUUCAUCCGUUACAUGAAUUUCCACAUUUCUUGAUUUCUUGAUUCGUUUUGGGAAAAUGUGUCAGUGUAAUUGUUACCGCUACCAGCUGAACAGAAAUUCCGUUUCUCAAGAAAACUACAGGUAAUAUUGUGGAACUAUAAAAAGUGAAAAACAAAAAUACCGAACCCCGAGGAAAAUUCUAAACGGAAUGUCCCUAAUCAAAUGGCAAAAUAAAAGCUCAAACACAUCAAACGAAUGGAUAACAACUGUCAGAUUCUUGGUACAGGCAUUGUAGAGAGGAAGUAUUACAGAAUGUAUGUCUGCUUUGGUAAACCACUAUUUAAUUGAAAUAAUAAUUAAAAGAAAUCAUGGAUACUGCUAGGGAAAUUAUCAAUAUUAUUAAAAAAAAACAAUCAUUAUUUUGAACUAGAAUACUACACACAAUUAGCUUCAGAAGAAAUGAAAAAAAAGUAUGUGGUAUAAAAUACCUACAUAAAGUGAGGGGUUUUGGACCAGUAAUUUAUCAGAAAAAAAUACUGAUUUCAAGCUUUGGUUAAAAAAAUUUCCUGCAUUACAGGUGGGAAAUGUUUCAGCAUUUUCCCUGAUUUCAUUUUAUCUUUAUUUUGUCAUACUUUGAUAGAAAUAAUUGUUUCAAGGCAUACAUCUUCUAUGAAGAAACAAGUAUUAUUCUUGAAUACACUUAAAAAUUUUAUUUUAAUUCAGCAUUCAGUGAUUCAGAAACAGAUUUUUUCUUAAUAGAUCUACAUCAUGUACAUGAAAAAAACAUUUCUAAAAGAUUAUUGGUAUGAAAUGUACAUUUUUUAUUAAUAUUUUUAGAGAAUUUUUGUUAAGACCCAUUGUUGGUUAUAUCUGUGAACUAAAGGUUUAUUUCCAUUAUAAAUGAGUGUCACAUAUGUUUAUAUAUGCAAUAAUUAAGUAAUUAUGUAUCCGAGGUCUAAUGAUAAACAUUGAAAUGUAACAACUCCUUGUCACUGGCAUAUGAUACCCAUGACAAUGUUUAUUAAAAAUAGAAUAAUAUCAAAUUACUCUAUAAAAGGGUUCACCAAACAAGAAAUGUCUAUGUGUAUGUAACUAGCAAUAUUACAAGGUAAUACAAAUUGAGAAACAUUAAUAAAUGAUAAAAAAUAUAAUCAGGGCAUUAUUAAGAGACUGAGUGAAAAAUUCAAAACGGAAAGUCCCUUAUCAAAAAACAAAAUCAAAAGCUCAAACACAUCAAACGAACGGAUAACAACUGUCAUAUUCCUGACUUGGUACAGGCAUUUUUUUUAUGUAGAAAAUGGUUGAUUAAAAGAGCUUGGCAUAUGACAUGGAUACCCAUCCACCAUUUACAGUCCACUUGAGUUGUCAUGUCUGUAUUUAACAAGAUAAAGUAAAUUUUAUAUUUUUAAGAAUAAAUAAAAACUUCCAACUCUUAAUAUUAAUUGAAACCACCAGUCAUUCAUUUGCUGAAAGCUUAAUAAUAUGAUAAAGGCAAUGAGACACCUUGUUUUUCUGAGUAUAGAAAUAUAAUAAAGUGCACUUCCAGGCUCAAACAGAAAUAUCAAGUUACUUUAUAAAACAUGUGUACAUAUAUGCAAUAACAGUUAUUGUCAAUGCCAAGAGUAUCAGGAUGUAUUCUGGGUGUGACAGCUACUAAGCAUUUUUCAACUUAAAACCCAAUCCCCAAUCAUGUAUACCAAAUAACUAAAUAUUGCAAAACAUGUUAAAAACAUGAUGAAGUAAAAUGCCAAUAUACUGUAAAAAACUGAAAAUAGCAUAUCCCUAAUUAUAUGUAAUUUUGUAUCUUUUAGUGGAUAUUAAUGUAUGUAACCAAAUAAAAAAAAUCCCAACAUAUAACAGGGCCAUGGGGCGUGAAAAUAAUUACAUAAUGAGUAUGAAAAGCUUUAUUAAGUGUUAACUGUACCUUCAGAGACAUUUAAAACCAUCUUUGGUAACAUGUAUGAUAAUGAAAAAUUAAAAAAAAAAUACCAUGUUGACCUAAUAUAGAAUCCUCAUCAAAUGCAGGUACAUGUAUGGCGCUUAACAAUUGUAAAAAAAGAAUGGAACAAAUCAUCAUAAAUACCCAUAUUUUGACAUUGCACAAUGUUAUGUUUUCUUUUACUCUUAAUGACGUCUUCACUCUAAAUCCAUUGGAUAUUGGAUGUGUACUGAUAAAUAUUUUAGUCUAAGAUAUAUGUGGAUUUUUUAUUAGUUGCUAUGUGCUUUAAACAAGCUUUCAAAUUCAUAUUUUGUGAUAUGUGUGUUUUUUGUUUUGUGUCGAUUUGAUUAGUUCAGCCCUUUUCAAACUGAUUUUAAAUUAUAUAGAUUGUUCUUAUAUUGUACUGUUACACAACUAUCCCUGGUUAGGCGGAGGGAUUAGAACAUGGAAAACAUGUUUUAACAGCCACAUUCUGUAAGUGCCUGUCCAAAUUAGGAGCCUGUAGUUCAGAAGAAGCUCUCGUUCGUUGCUAUAUGUAAAAAUUGUUUCCGUUUAUUGUUUCUUACAUAAAUCAGGCCGUUAUUUUUCUCAAUUUCGUGGCCUUUUAUAGCUUACUAUUCGGUGACAUUUGAUUAUUUUUAAAAGUCGCUCGGCGACCUAUAGUUGUUAACUUUCACGUCAAUUAGUCUCUUGUUGACAGUUGUCUCAUUCGCAUUCUAAUCGCAUCUUCUAAUCGUUACAAUGUAAAUUAUCUGAGGAUGGACACCUUUAUUAAAGUGUACUACUACCAGGGCCAGAUCCAGAACCUCGACGUCUGUGAGGAGGGGGCACCUUGAAACCAAAAUUACAUAUUUCUUUAGAUAUGUAUAUAAUGCGAGUGAUGGUGUCGUGUUUUGGGGAAGGUUGAGGGGGUGGGUGUUCAUUUCUAUAUCUUUUCAUUUUUUUCUUUUACUCUUUGAUUUCUUGCCACUUCUUCUGUAUUUUUAAUAUUUCACCCCACCUUUGAUCCGUUUUAUAUUUUCCAGGUCUUCUGACAAUACAAUAUUAUUUUAUUAAAAAUUAAAUAUAAAGCUCUGAUCUUUCAUGUUUUUUGAAAGGAGGAAGGUUUCUUUUUUAAACAAAUUGUUGAUUUCCAUUAAAAAAGUGAAAAGAAAUACGACAUUCAGGAUAUUUUUAAUGUUUCUGUAUGUUAUUGAUAAAACUCAUUUGUUUUUAAUUAAAGUCCGAAAAGGGCUGUUCAGAGAAAGAUAUAUUCCUCAGAAAACGUAUACAAUGUGAGUGUCUGGUAAUUAAGACUUAUCUCUUAUCACUAACAUUCUUGACAAUACACAUAUAUUUGUUCCUAAACUUUAAAUACCGAUUGUAGUUUGUAAAUUCUUUCUUGAUCAGAAAAUUUCACUUGUUAUUCGAUCUCAAUCCUGUUAUAUUGUAUUGUGGUAGACUGUUUUUUAAAGGGUUAACAGUAAUUGUGUAUAUUUAUUUAUUUAGUUUAUAGUAUUGUAUUUUGUAUAUUGUAUAUUGAUUCAUUAGAUGUAUGAAUAUAUUAAUCAAUUACAGAUUGUAAUUAAUUGACUAG